AAAGGUGCGCCGGAGUGUCUGAAUAGCAGUAUCGGGGGCGGAAGUGCUCUCGACGGAAGUGAUCGCUGUGUGAAUCGUGGGUGGGAUGACCGCUUGCCGGCUCUAUCAAAGGUUGCUGCGCGCAUCCUCGAAGUUCAUGGCUCAGCGCUUACUCGAGGGUGUGCCCCCUUCCAGGGGUCUACACGCGGGGCGUGGUCCCCGAAGGCUCUCCAUCGAAGGCAACAUUGCUGUGGGAAAAUCCACCUUUGUGAAGUUACUCACGAAAACUUACCCAGAGUGGCACAUAGCUACAGAACCUGUAGCAACAUGGCAGAAUGUCCAGGCUGCUGGCUCCCAAAAAGCCGGCGCUGCCACCAGUCUUGGAAACUUGCUGGAUAUGAUGUACCAGGAGCCAGCACGAUGGUCCUACACCUUCCAGACAUUUUCUUUCCUGAGCCGCCUGAAAGUACAGUUGGAGCCCUUCCCUGAGAAACUCCUGGAGGUUGGGAAGGCAGUACAGAUCUUUGAGAGGUCUGUGUACAGCGACAGGUAUAUCUUUGCAAAGACUCUUUUUGAAAAUGGGUCCCUCAGUGACAUUGAAUGGCAUAUCUAUCAGGACUGGCAUUAUUUUCUCCUGCAGGAGUUUGCCAGCCGGCUCAGAUUACAUGGCUUCAUCUACCUCCAGGCUGCUCCCCAGGUUUGUUUAAAGAGACUACACCGGAGGGGCAGGCAAGAGGAGAAAGAAGUUGAGUUGGCCUAUCUGGAGCAGCUUCAUGGUCAACACGAAGCCUGGCUUGUCCACAAGACAACCCCGCUCCACUCUGAGGCUCUGCUGAACAUUCCAGUGCUCGUGUUGGAUGUCAAUGAUGACUUUUCGGAAGAAGUAACCAUACAAGAAGAGCUCAUGCGGAGGGUGGGGAAGACCUCAACGCCUGCUUUUCUUUCUUUACACUUCUAUCACUUCAGAACUUCACUAUGGGUCCUAUGCCUUGCGCCUCAAAUAGCAUUUCACACUCCAAAGCCUGUGGGGCCUUGGAUAAGUUAUUAAUAUAAUCUCUAUUCUCUAAAGUGUUUGGGGCUAAUAAUUGUUAAAUACUUGCCUUGUAAGAUGUGCUUUCCAGCUGACUUCCUCGUCUGAGGUAUUCUAGAACUAGGGAAAUGAGACUUCUGGAUUCACUCCAGCUCUGCCACUUGAUACCCUGGGCAGGUCACAUUUCCUUUCCAUACCUGUGUUCUCUUCCUCACCAAAAACUCGAAGGCUUGGCUACACAUGCAUUAUGGAUGGACUAGUGUAUAGUCUCCUGAAAAUGUGAAAUUUAACUUUUCGUUUUUCUCUUUCCCACAGGUAAACACCUUUGUAAAGAAUCUAUAACCAGGACUGGGAUGUUCUAGCUGGGAUCUGGGCUCUCUGACUUUCUAAAGCCAGAGAAUACCCAGCUACCCACCUUUCUGUCCCCUGCUCCCACCUGCUUUUACCCCUAGAGUACUCUGACACGCAGGGGGUUAAGCUUCUGUUAGCUAUAGACCUAGCCCUAGUCUUCUUUUGUAUCUCAAGGACUUCUUAAAUAAAGUCUAUGCUUUUGUGGAUUCUGUUAA